AUGGACGAUGGAUUCUCGGACGUAUCGGAGCUGAGCUCGCCGCCAGCUUCACCGACACCACCGCCAGGGUUCUAUCCCUCGCCGCCUCCGUCACAGGAAGCAGACGAGUCAAGCGGCACCCGCAGCCAAGACCGAGAUGACUUGCCGCCCGCAAAAAAAAGAAGACGGGUCGCCGCCCCCAAGGAACGCCGAACACAACGUCUUGAUCUCUCCAGCAGCGCCGGACUUUCUUAUACUGAACAGCAGGCGCAGAUCGAUCUGUUAACGAAAACCAUUCGUCGGCACCGCAAAAUUGUCGUCAUCGCUGGAGCGGGCAUCUCCACCUCGGCCGGCAUUCCCGACUUCCGCUCGACGGAUGGACUUUUUAAAUCUCUACAGAAAAAACACAACCUAAAAGCGUCGGGGAAACUUCUCUUCGAUGCUGCCGUCUAUCAAGAUGAAACACUAACCGCCUCCUUCCAAGACAUGGUGCGGUCGCUGUCCGAAGAGGCAGCCAAGACCUCCCCAACGGCUUUUCACCACAUGCUGGCUCGGAUUAGCCAAGAAAAUCGUCUGACCCGCCUGUACACCCAGAACAUCGAUGGCAUUGAGACAUCCAUGCCUCCCUUAGCUACUCAGAUCCCAUUGAAUGUAAAAGCCCCAUGGCCGCGCACGAUCCAGCUGCACGGAAGCCUGGAGAAGAUGGUGUGCCAGAAAUGUCGUCAUCUCGGUGACUUCGAUGGCGACAUGUUCGACCGUCCAGAUGCUCCGGAAUGUCCAGAAUGCGCAAGGAACAACCAAUUUCGCAUCGAGACGGGGCAGCGCAGCCAUGGCAUCGGUAAAAUGCGGCCCCGGAUUGUGCUCUACAACGAACACAACCCGGAUGAGGAAGCCAUUACGUCGGUUAUGAACGCUGAUGUACGCUCGCGCCCGGACGCGCUGAUCGUGGUGGGCACUAGUCUAAAAAUUCCCGGCGUGCGGCGCCUGGUGAAGAGUCUUUGUUCCGUCAUCCGGAGUCGCCGAAACGGGGUGACCAUGUGGAUCAACAAUGAACCUCCGGCCGGCAAAGAGUUUGAAGAUUGCUGGGACUUGAUGGUCAAGGGGGAUUGUGAGGAAGUGGCACGGCUGGCCGCCCUGAAACGGUGGGAUGACCACUCCGAGAACGUAUUCGACGAAUGCAAUGCAUCUGAGGUGGAGCGCGUGAAGAACGAGCAUGGAGUGUCGAUUGUCAUCGAAACACCGAAGAAGAGGCAAAAGACUCAAACGGGCUUCCUCACGCCUUCCUCCAGUCACGACGAAGAGGCUUCAAAAGUACCAAAGAAGGGCGGAUCUCGGUCCAACCCCGCCAGUCGCGGGCGCAGCCUCCAGGAAGUGCUCAAGGCGUCCAAGACCGCGGAGUCCAAGAAGCCAGCCGCAAAGAAGAGUGCCCCUCGCAGGAAGAUCAAGAAAGACGAGCCGGCUAAGAAUACCCGGAUUACCACCUUCAGCAAGGUUACUAAGGCGCAGAAGGUCGCGACCGACACGGAAAAGGCGGUCAAGCUGGAGAAAGAGGAAAACAAGCCAAUGCACCCUCUGCCUCCGGGUGCAGCUCGCAACAAUGGCCCGAUGAUUCCUCAGCUGGCUCAGAAGGGAGAAGAGACCCCUCAGCGCAGCAGUCGUUGGCGCCAGCCAGACACAAUUUCUCCCAAAUCGGUUCCGAAGGGGAUGAGCCAGUUGUUAAAUCAGCCGGCCGCAUGA